AUGAAGACACAGGGAAGAAAACACAAGGAAUCCAAAUCACCAAGGACCAACCAGAGGAAACGAAGGAAGAAACGAAGGGAUAAACAAAGGAAGAAACGAAGCGGACUCAACUCCAAGAGAGAGGAACGAAGAGAAAAAGAUAAAGAGGCUGCCCCAGCAAAGAGCAAGAGACAAGAAAAAGAUACUGGAAAAGCACAGUCCAGGAAAAAGAACCAGAAAGACGAAGGCGAAUCCUCCGAAUCGCCUCAGAAGAGUAAAACCACAUAUGUAGCAGAAGAAGACCUGGAGGAAAAGAUAGCCAAGGCAUUGAAGAAGCUGAAAUCCGAAGAACUGGAUAUAGACGACCUGAAGCUGAAGGGUUAG